AUGAUGGGCGACAUUCUGCAGCGGCUCGGCACCUUGUCCCCAAGCGUCAAGCACCUCGGCCGUCUCCCCCGCCUCUCUGACCUCAUCCCUUCCUCCCUGCCGUCGCCCAGCUCCACCGUCACCGCCUCCCAAGUCCCCAGCUUGUUUCGAGAGCCUUACAUCUUGUCAGGCUACCGUCCCGUCCAUCAAAACUGGCGCUGCUACCUCCUCAGUGUCUUCCAGAGACACAAUGAAUCCCUGAAUGUGUGGACUCACCUGCUGGCAGGCCCUGUGCUGCUGCUCCGCUGGUGGGCCAAUGUAAGCGCCCUGGGGUACACCUUGGACGCAGCCUCUCUACCUCUGAGCCUCUUUUUGGUCUCUUCCCUCAUCUAUCUAUCCCUCAGUGUGGCAGCUCACCUCUUGCAAUCCCACUCUGAACAUGCACACUACUUCUUCUUCUUCAUGGACUAUGUGGGUGUUGCUGUGUAUCAGUACGGUUGCUCACUUGGCCAUUAUUUCUAUACAUCUGCGCCAGCGUGGAGAGAAAGCUACAUCGGACUGCUGUUUCUACCCGGAGCUGCUUUCUUUGGGUGGCUCUCCUGUGCCGGCUGUUGUUUCGCCAAGUCCAGGUACCGACGGCCAUAUCCAAUGCGGCGUAAAAUCUGCCAGCUGAUCCCUACUACCCUAGCAUAUCUGCUGGAUAUCAGCCCUGUAGUCCACCAUCUAUUCACUGUCUCCUGGGCACAGGAGCCCUCACUGCCCUUCCAUGCCCUCCAAAUUGCCUGUUUUCUGCUGUCUGCCCUCUUCUUCUCCUUACCCAUCCCUGAGCGCUUCUUCCCGGGCCACUGUGACUUUGUGGGCCAAGGUCACCAGAUCUUUCACCUGUUUUUGUCCCUGUGCACCGUGUUUCAACUUGAGGCUCUGUUCCAGGACUAUGCUAGGCGGAGGGACAUGGUGGUGGAGGUAUUUGGAGAGAGGCAGCUGUGGUGGGCUUGUGUAUCCUUCCCUGCCCUGUUGCUGAUUUGCAUUCUGACAGCACUCAUCACGAUGAGGCACGUACACACACAACUGCAGAAUAAACAAGAGAAAGAAAAAUGA